CAGCCCUGCUUUUUAUACUUUGCCUACAGAGCGGCCCAAACAAAAAGCACGGAGAGUAUCCUUCAGUGUUGAUCUAACAAUUAAUCCAUGGCGGGGAAAACUUUCAAGUACUUGAUCCUUGGUGGUGGCGUCGCUGCUGGGUAUGCAGCUAGGGAGUUUGCUAAACAGGGGAUUAAGCAUGGUGAGCUGGCAAUCAUUUCGAAGGAGUUGGUAGCUCCUUAUGAGCGUCCGGCACUUAGCAAGGCUUAUCUUUUCCUAGUUGGAACUGCAAGACUUCCUGGGUUCCAUGUCUGUGUUGGGAGUGGAGGAGAGAGAUUGCUUCCUGAGUGGUACAAGGAGAAAGGGAUUGAGUUGAUCCUGGGCACAGAAAUUGUAAAAGCUGAUCUUGCUGCCAAGACACUUGUUAGUGCUGCUGGACAGACCUUUGAGUAUCACAAUUUGAUCAUAGCAACUGGAUCUACAGUGAUAAGAUUGUCAGAUUUUGGUGUACAAGGUGCUAAUGCCAAAAACAUCUUCUACUUGAGAGAAAUUGACGAUGCUGAUAAACUUGUGGAAGCUAUUAAAGCAAAGAAAAAUGGGAAGGCUGUAAUUGUUGGAGGAGGAUACAUUGGUCUUGAGCUUAGUGCCGCUUUGAAAAUCAAUGAUUUAGAUGUUACUAUGGUUUACCCUGAGCCCUGGUGCAUGCCUCGACUUUUUACUGCUGGCAUAGCUGAAUUUUAUGAGGGCUAUUAUGCUAAUAAGGGAAUCAAGAUUAUCAAGGGAACAGUUGCUGUUGGGUUUACUGCUGAUUCAAGUGGAGAAGUAAAAGAAGUGCAACUUAAGGAUGGCAGGGUGUUGGAAGCUGACAUAGUUGUUGUUGGGGUUGGGGGCAGACCACUUACAACCUUGUUCAAAGGUUCAGUUGAAGAGGAGAAAGGUGGAAUAAAGACUGAUUCGUACUUCAAAACGAGUGUUCCUGAUGUGUAUGCUGUGGGUGAUGUUGCCACAUUCCCUAUGAAAUUAUACAAUGAGAUAAGAAGAGUUGAACACGUCGAUCAUGCUCGCAAAUCAGCUGAGCAGGCUGUGAAGGCCAUCAAGGCAAAGGAGGAGGGUAAACAGAUUGACGAGUAUGAUUAUCUUCCAUUCUUCUAUUCUCGUGCCUUUGAUCUCUCAUGGCAAUUCUACGGAGACAAUGUUGGCGACACUGUUCUCUUUGGAGACAACAGUCCAACAUCUCCCAAGCCAAAGUUUGGGUCGUUCUGGGUUAAAGAUGGACAGGUUGUAGGAGCAUUCCUGGAGGGUGGGAGUCCUGAUGAAAACCAGGCUAUUGCCAAAGUUGCCAGGCUGAAACCUUCAGUGAAUAGCUUAGAUGUGCUGACGAAGGAAGGUCUCUCUUUUGCUUUGAAGAUAUAAAAAAAUUCAGCUGAUUGCUAUGUCUUUUGUUGUACUUAACCAUAAGAUUGGCUUGUUAUCGGAGUUUCAUAUGAGCUACUUCGUUGAUAAAGCUGCUUGCUAUUUGAGUUUCAAUCAGUUUGAACUUUGGAUUUCACCUAGAUUGUUGUGUUGGUAUUCUAUUGCAGGCAUCAUGAAGGCCUGAAGUGGUUAGUUGCAGUGUUCAUAUUGUUUUGUAUUAAAGAUGUCGAUUUAUGUUAUUUGAGGUUCUGGAAUUGGUUUAUUCGAA